CAGAUGAAGGAAAUAACAACCCCACGCCGUCGUACUGUCUCAAGCUGUUUUGUCUUACAGCCUUUUAAAAGCAGAAACAGGAGCUAACUGUAGCAAUGCGCCUGUAUUAAAAUACCAGUUUGCUAGUUAACGUUAAUAAGACAUUAGUGGACUCGGAGUGUCAGCAUACAGUAAGGUAUCCUAUACGGAAUAAUAGAGACUUUUUGAGAGAUGGCUCAGUGGGACAGACUGAGACAGCUGCCUGCUGCAUACACACAGCAGCUACAUGAGCUCUAUGACAGGGACGCUCUGCCUAUGGAUGUACGGCACUACCUGGCAGCCUGGAUAGAGAAGCAGGAGUGGCAACGAGCAACGAGGGACUAUGACUAUGCUACGGUGUUGUUCCAGGUCCUGCUGGAGAAUUUGGAUAUUCAACACAGCCGCUUUGUCCAGGAAGAGUCAUUCUUACUGCAGCACAACAUUAGACGCUAUAAACAGAACUUUCAGAGGUACUUGGAAGACCCGUGUGCCUUGGCAAACACAAUCCUGUGGUUUUUGAGUAAAGAGAAGGAAAUUCUGCAUAGUGCUGAGCUGGCUGAACAGGUCCAGUUUUUGCAUGUAGAGCAGGAAGUCAUGGAGACAAGCAGCCAGCAGGACCUUGAACGUAAAAUGGCUGGCCUCAGGAAUGAAGUGCAGUGCAUGGAGCAUACAAUGUUAUGUCUGGAGGAGCAGCAAGACGAGUUUGAUUUUAAAUACCAAACCAACAAGAUGGAAGCUGUGGUAGAUGAGGCUGUGAAGAGGGAACAAAUUAAGGUUCUCCAGUUACUUGUCAACAGACUGGAUGAAUGUAGAAAGAGCACUCUGUCAGACCUAAAUAAGCUCCUGGACAGAGCUGAUGACCUGAUCGAAACGUUGGUGAAGAAGGAGCUGGUGGAGUGGCAGAGGAGGCAGCAGAAAAGCUGCAUUGGUGCUCCUGACAAUGUUUGUCUGGAUCAACUAGAGAAAUGGUUCACCUGUGUAGCAGUGUGCUUGUUCCAGGUGCGUGAGUUUCUUGGUAAGCUGGACGAGCUGGUUGGAAAAGUGUCCUAUGACAAGGACCCCGUGAAGGCCCAAAAACCUGCGCUGCAAAGGAGAGCAGAUACGCUUCUAAAGGACUUACUUAAGAGUUCCUUCGUGGUUGAGACUCAGCCAUCCAUGCCUCAGGGAAAAGGACCGCUGGUGCUCCGCACAAAUGUCCAGUUCUCUGUCAAGACCAGACUUCUUGUGAAGUUUCCAGAGUUGAAUCACUCCAUGAAAGUGAACGUAUCCAUGGACAGGGAAUCUCCUCAGAUCAAAGGAUAUCGGCGUUUUAAUGUCCUGGGGACCAACACCAAGGCCUUGAACAUGGCAGAGAGCCAGAGUGGAGGCAUGGUGGCCGACUUCAGACAUCUUACUCUGAAGGAGCAGAAGUCUGGAGGUGGCGGCAAAGGAGUCAGUGAUAUUUCCUUUUCCGUUACUGAGGAGCUGCACAUCAUCUACUUCAACACUGUGUUCGAGCUGAAAGGCUUGUCUGUUGAGUUGCAGGCCUCCUCUAUCCCGGUGAUCAUCAUCUCCAACUCCAGCCAGCAGCAGAGCGCCUGGGCGUCUGUGCUCUGGUUCAACCUGCUCAGUCUGGACACCAAGGACGUCAUGUUCUUUGCCAACUGCCCUACAGCCCCUUGGCCGCAGUUUGGAGAGAUGCUGAGCUGGCAGUUUCUUUCCGCCACUAAACGUGGUCUGAAUGAGGCUCAGCUGGAAAUGAUUGCACACAGACUCUUUGGAAAACAGCAGAGUUAUGACAACUGCAAAGUUGCAUGGACAAAAUUCAGCAAGGAAAACCCUCCUGACACUUUCUGGGUGUGGUUUGAUGGCAUCUUAGUGAUGGUGAAAACAUACCUUGAAGACCUGUGGAGGGAUGACCUCAUCAUGGGAUUUGUGAGCAAAGGCAAAGAGAAGUCCCUCCUGAAGAAAAAGCAAAGAGGCACAUUCUUGUUGCGCUUUAGUGAAAGUAUCAUUGGAGGAAUCACCUUCUCCUGGGUGGAAAACACCAUAAAUGGUGAGCCGGAGGUAAAGACAGUCCAGCCCUUCACCAAAGUUGACCUGUGCCAGAUCCCCUUCAGUGAAAUCAUCAGGAAUUUCCAGAUCUUAGAAGCUGAAAAUAUCCCAGAAAAUCCUCUGCUUUACCUUUAUCCCAACACCCCUAAAGACGAGGCUUUUGGGAAGUACUACUCUGAGAAGAGUGGAAGUAACAGUCCUUACAUUAAGUACAUCAAAACCAAGCUGAUGUUUGUUUCAAAGGAGAACACACUGGAGGCUAGGUCACCCAUGCCCUCUGACAUGGCACAGGGUGAAGGCCUGGAGUCAGUGAAUGGCCUGUGUGGAGAGGCAGCUGAACAAGACGGAAGUCCUCAUGCCCUGCAGUCACCUCUGGAGAUAUAUCCUCCUGAUCCCAUGCUGUCUUGCUCUGUCGUAGCCACAGAGAAUGAUUUACAGAUGUUUCUCAACAACCCCAACCUCUUCGGUGACACUGACAUCUUGCAAGAUGACUCAGGGCUGUCUGAUUUUGGUUUUCCAGAAUUGAAUUGCCUGCCCCUACAAGCUUGUGGGGGCAUUUUACAAUAAGUCUCUGUUGUUUGUAUUUAAACUAACCACUGCAUCACUCAUCGUCAGCUUUACUUUUAGCUACUUAAGUAUUUGUGUUAUGAAACUGCAGUAUACUUAACAUUUCCACUGUGAACGUAAUAGUCUGCUUUUUUAAUAUGAAAUACUUGAUAACCUCUCUGCGGAUCCUGACAGUAGAUAAUUAGAAACAGUCUUUGCUAUCAGCACGUGGAUGUGGUGUGCACUUUUAAAUCAGUAGAGUAUAACCUUUAUAUUGCCCUUUUAUUAUGCAGAAAUAGUGUUAAUGAUUAUUCGGUGAUUUGAAGACAAAAGACAAGUAACUGAAUUAGCUGGUCUCAUAACCACUUCAGUAGUGUCCUAGGCACCUUGCAUAUGAUAUUUUUUUUAAUUUAAUUUAGAUUUUUUUUUAGGUCUUUUUACUUUUUAGAUAAUGCAUUCAAGGAAUGAUAUAAAACUGACAAUGUGAGCAGGUGGAAAAAUGUUUAAAUGGGGUAUUGUAGAGUAUAUUGCACUGACUGCACUGCACAUAAUGUAUGUUUUAAUGUUUGUUUGUUUGUUGUUUGUCCCUUUUUGGUUGCUUUUAUUGCCAUCUACUGCUUGUGAUUAGCUGUACUGGCACAUGGCAUCCUUUCCUUUACGCAAGGAACCUAUAACAUAUAGUUUCUUUGCCUUUAAGUUAUAUGCUUUUAUAUUAACCUCAUUAAAAUCAAAAUAAAAUGUUUCCAUGUUUAAUAAAGGGGAAGGGAGUGAUUGUGUGUUCCCUUUAUUAAUAACUUAAAAAGUUUUAAAUUAACAAAUAUGAGAAGUAAUUUUUAUAUUUACAACUUCCUUAUCAUGUAAAUUUACAGCCUUUUCAGGCUGCAGCUCGCCA